AUGGAACCCAGAAUCGUUGAGGCUCACCAAGAGCCUGCCAUCGUCGGCGACGAGAAGGCACCCUCUGUUACCGCCAAGUCUGACAACUCUGAGGAGAGCACCGACGAGAUCACCGAUCUCUUCGUCAGCUUCCCGCCCAUCAAGGGUCGAGAGCCCGAGCAGAACCCUCUGACCAUCCGUGCCGUCCUCAUUGGUAUCUGUCUCGGAUCGCUUGUCAACGCCUCCAAUGUCUAUCUCGGUUUGAAGACUGGUUUCACCUUCAGUGCCAACAUGUUUGGUGCCAUUUUCGGAUAUGGUUUCGUUAUCCUCCUCUGCAAGAUCUUCCCGCACGUCCCCUAUCUCGGCCAGUCCUUCGGUCCCCAGGAAAAUUCCAUCAUCCAGGCCUCCGCCAGUGGUGCCGGUGGUCUCUCCGGCAUGUUCGUCGCCGGUCUGCCUGCCAUGUACCAGCUCGGUCUGCUCUCCGACGACCCCAAGAAGGACUUUGGCCGCACCCUGGCCAUGACCUUCGUCUGCGGUUUCUUCGGUUUCUUCGCCGCCGUGCCCCUCCGAAAGUUCUUCAUCAUCAACGCCUCCCGUGAGCUCAACCUGGUCUUCCCCACCCCCGUCGCCGCGGCCAUGGCCAUUCGCUCCAUGCACGCUGUCGGCAGCGGUGCCAGCGACGCCAUCAAGAAGAUCAAGGCUCUCGGCUACGCCUUCAUCGGCGCCCUCGUCCACAUCGUCGUCUCUCAGUACGCCGAUGGCAUCCUCCACAACUGGCACAUCUUCAACUGGUUCUACAUCUGGAGUGGAUACUCGAACUGGGCCCUGAACAUUGACAACUGGGGUUGGUACAUUCAGCUCACCCCCGCCUUCUUCGGUUCCGGUAUCCUCGUCGGUCUCAACGCUUCCCUCUCCUGGUUCUUCGGCACAGUGUUUGCCUGGGGAUUCGUCGGCCCUCUGCUGAUCAAGUACGGCGAGGCUGUUGGUACAAGAAACCCCAAGAAUGCCGGCACCAUCUGGGAGGAGAAGACCAGCUUCAGCUCCAUGAUCGUCAAGGAGGAAGACUGGGUCCCCUCUCCUCGCUACUGGUUCCUCUGGCCCGGUGUCAUGGUCCUCAUCGUCUACAGCCUGGUCGAAUUCGUCCUGCAGUUCCGCGUCGUUGCCGGAGGUUUCAUGUACGCCUUGCGCGAGACCGCUGCAAGCAUCAACGCGCGCCUCCAGGCCAAGGGCAAGAACAACACCUUUCUUGAGAAGCAGGCCGCCAAGCUUGCCGGCAUGACCGACCUUGUUGAGGACUUUGCUCCCAAGGACCAGCAGGUCCCCGGCUGGGUCUGGGUUGUCGGAACCACCAUCAUGGCCGCCGUCGCCAUGGUCGUCUGCCACGUGCGCUUCGAGAUGAACGCCGGCCUUGGUCUCCUCGCCUGUCUCCUCGGUCUCAUCUUCGCCUUCCUCAGUAUCUACGGAUCCGCCGUCACUGACUGCGCGCCCUACACCGCCUCCACCAAGGCCUCCCAGCUCGUCUUCGGUGGUAUCACCAAGAACUCCGGCCUCAGCAUCUCCCAGGCCCAGCGAAUCAACCUCACAGCCGGUAACAUCGCCGCUGGAACCGCCGAUAUCUCCAACACCCUGGUCAGCGACUUUCGCGUCGGCUUCCUCCUCCGCACCCCUCCCAACCUGCAGUUCUACGCCCAGGGGCUCGGCGCCCUUGUUGCAGUCUUCCUCGCCCCCGGUAUCUUCGUACUCUUCAUGUCGGCUUACCCCUGCGUGUGGGAUCCGAACGUAUCCGAGGAGGUCGCUGCCAAGUGCCCCUUCCUGGCCCCGUCCGUCACAGCCUGGAAGGCCGUCGCCGAGGCCGUCACCCUGCCCAGCCUGCCCAUCACCAAGUCCUGCGGCAUCUUCACCAUCUGCAUGGGCGUCCUGUGCGCCAUCCAGGCCGUCGUCAAGACCUUCUGGCUGACCGGCGAGCGCGAGAAGUACCGCGAGUACCUCCCCAACUGGAUGUCCGUCGGUGUCGCCUGGGUUCUUGGCCCCGACUCCGGAUAUGCCAAUGCCAUCAUGUUCGGCAGUGUUACCGCCUGGUGGUGGAAGAAGUACUUCCCCCGUGGCUUCGACAUCUACGCCUACUCGGUUGCCGCUGGUCUUAUCGCCGGUGAGGGUCUUGCGGGUGUUAUCAACGCCGCCCUUGAGUUGGGUGAGGUCUCUGGAUCGUACUUUGGAACGACCAUCGCCCUGCCUGGUUAUUAA